CAGCCGGCACUGGCGGUCACGUGGUGCUCGGUCACAUGACUGUGACGUCAACCGCCGCCCUCAGCUGGGAGGAUCCGAGAGGGAGACACCAGGAUUCCUGCGCCCGGGAGUAUGCGGUGACCCGGGCAGGAUAUAAAUAUGGGCUCUCCUGAGAUUCUGCUGAAGACCAAGAGAGGAGAGGAGACGUGUACGUCACAAGUUCCGGAAUCACGCUGUGGUAGAACACCGGAACGCCCCGGAGCAGACACUGGGCAGAGUCCAGCACAAGACGCCCCAGUAAUGAAAGCUGACGCCCCAGCGGAGGGCAUCUUACCAGAGAGACGCAAGAGGAAACCCAAGUACCCCACGGAGAUAUACUUUGAUUUCACCAAACGGAAAAGGAAUGUUGGUCACAGUAAGGCGAACGGGGCGAGCCGGAAGCAGAGGGGCUGUAAGGGCGCUGCUAUGGGGAAGGACCACAAGCCGGCUGCCAUGCCCGCCACAGAUGAGCCGGGACCCGGAAAUAAACUCUACAUCUGUGCUGACUGUGGGCAAUCCUUCGAUCUGUGGCCGUCUCUUGUUGAUCAUUUGAGCGUUCACAAUGGCACCAAGCCGUACUCCUGCCCAGACUGCGACAAGUCCUACAGUUACAGAUCCGCGCUCCUCAUUCACCAGAACACACACAGCGGUCUGAAGCCGCACCAGUGCUCCGUGUGCUUGAAGCGCUUCCCGCGCAAAUCAUCUCUGGUCGUUCACAUGCGCUCACACACAGGAGAGAGGCCGUAUAUCUGUAACAUAUGCAACAAAAGCUUUAUCGAGAGCGCAAAGCUCCGUAGACAUGGGCGGAUUCACACGGGCGAGAAGCCGUAUCGCUGCGACAUCUGUGGUAAAUGUUUCAACGACUCCUCUGUCCUGAUCCGACACCAGAAAGGGCACACUCCAGUGAAAGAUGAGAAUGAUCAGCAAUGUGGCCCAAUCAGCCGGGACCCCACAGACUGCGGCCCAAACGCUCGGAGUAAACGUCACUUCAGGUGUUCGGAGUGCGGGGAAGACUUUACCAGUCUGACACGACUCAGAAUUCACAAAGUAUCUCACAGCAACGAAUUAAAUAAUUCUGGCAGUAUGUACCAAGAUAUCACAGUGACGAACCUGAUCACUAGUGCUGACACUUACCUGAGCACCAGCGGUGAGUGUGACAGCAAGGUACACAGUGAUCAGAAGAUUAUCAGUCCCAGGCUACAUGAACUCAGCUGUGAGCCUGACAGUCACCCGAUCCCUCACACCAGUAGUGCACUCAGUGUGAAAUCCGAGUAUGAGUGUGACAGUCACCCGAUCCCUCACACCAGUAGUGCACUCAGUGUGAAAACCGAGUAUGAGUGUGACAGUCACCCAAUCCCUCACACCAGUAGUGCACUCAGUGUGAAAACUGAGUAUGAGUGUGAUGUGUUAGAAAAUGCUGAGUGUGACACUCCCCAGAUCCCUCACAUCAGUAGUGCACUCAAUGUGAAAACCGAGUGUGAUGUGUUGGAGAAUGCUGAGUGUGACACUCACCCGAUCCCUCACACCAGUAGUGCACUCAGUGUGAAAACCGAGUAUGAGUGUGACAGUCACCCAAUCCCUCACACCAGUAGUGCACUCAGUGUGAAAACUGAGUAUGAGUGUGAUGUGUUAGAAAAUGCUGAGUGUGACACUCCCCAGAUCCCUCACAUCAGUAGUGCACUCAAUGUGAAAACCGAGUAUGAGUGUGACAGUCACCCGAUCCCUCACACCAGUAGCGCAAUCAAUGUGAAAAUUGAGUAUGAGUGUGAUGUGUUGGAGAAUGCUGAGUGUGACACUCACCCGAUCCCUCACACCAGUAGUGCGAUCAUUGUGAAAAUUGAGUAUGAGUGUGAUGUGUUGGAGAAUGCUGAGUGUGACAGUCACUCGAUCCAUCGCACCAGUAGUGCACUCAGUGUGAAAACUGAGUAUGAGUGUAAUGUGUUAGAAAAUGCUGAGUGCGAAACUCCCCAGAUCCCUCAUACCAGUAGUGCACUCAAUGUGAAAACUGAGUAUGAGUGUAAUGUGCUGGAGAAUGCUGAGUGUGACACUCACCUGAUCCCUCACACCAGUAGUGCAUUCAAUGUGAAAACCAAGUAUGAGUGUGACACUCACUCGAUCCCUUACACCAGUAGUGCAAUCAGUGUGAAAACUGAGUAUGAGUGUGAUGUAUUGGAGAAUGCGGAGUGUGACACUCACCUGAUCCCUCACACCAGUAGUGCACUCAAUAUGAAAACCGAGUAUGGGUGUGAUGUGUUGGAGAAUGCGGAGUGUGACACUCACCAGAUCCCUUGCACCAGUAGUGCAAUCAGUGUUAAAACUGAGUGUGAUGUGUUGGAGAAUGUGGAGUGUGACACUCACCAGCUGUCGUGUACAGCCAUUGCACUGAACACAAGCAGUGAGUGUGAGACUGUUGCACAGGAGGUUUCUCCGCAGAUUAUCUGCCCCACUGAGGAAGAUUCUACAGGAGCCGUAAGUGCAGAAACGUCAUGCCAUCUAGUGGAGAGAGAAAGGUGCGGCACAAAUGGUUGUGUAAGGCUGGAGGAUGUAACUCCACAAGCUACAGACACUGCCGGUGAGUUGCAUCCUGAGGAUGAUACUGGUCCCUCACAGGACCCUCACCCCAAACCAGUGCCAGCUGCUGGAAUAUGCACUGAGCGGACACUCGGUCUGAGAAAGAAAAGGAGGACAGAAGACUCUGACGCCAAGAAGAUGCCGUUUCACUGUGACGAGUGCGGCAAAAGCUUCAUGUUCAGAUGUCAGUUACUCAUUCACCAGAGGUGCCACACGGAAGACAGGCCGUACACGUGUGCGGAGUGCGGGAAGGGCUUCAAAGAACUCACCAAACUCAACAGACAUCAUAUAACGCACACCGGGGAGAGGCCUUUCCAGUGCGCCGACUGCGGCAAGCGCUUCAAUGACUCUUCUGUUCUAAAUAGACACUGUAAGAUCCACAGCGGGAAGUCCUACAAGUGUCCGGAGUGUGGGUUAGGGUUUCCCGGGGCUGCCGCUCUCCGCAGACACAAGAAGACACAUAGCUGACACGGAGAUGCAUGAAACCUAUCAGGGUGGGCACUUUUGUUAUGUCACUGCUGCACCCUCCCCCCCAUCUUCCUGACAACAUCCCUCGAUCCAUGCACACCAAUAAUUGUCCACUCUACAGACGUAGGCCAUUGUUCCUGGGAUCCAUAACUGUAUAGAGAACUCAUCAUUGUAAUUAGGAGAGGUGUUUGUCCAGAUCAGUUUCUGGUGUUGAUUAAUCCUGUAACUGUGAAGAAUAACAAUCAUAUUUUUUUUUA